CGGUCUGUGUUUUCAGUCCCACACAGCUGACGGGAAGAGUGAUGGCGGACACAAAAAGCUGUGCGCCGCAAAAAGCUCGUCUGAGUGUUAGAACAGCUCGGGUUAGUUUGUUUUUUUACACGGUAUAAAGUGCUAGCCAAGGAAGUGGAGUUAUUCAGCUCCUGAACCUCAGGCCAGUUCCGUCCCUGCACUUCUUUUCAUUAUCCCACGAUGCUCAGUGUGCAACCUUCAGCUGGUGUAACUCAGCAGGAUCCUGCCCUUUAGCAGCAGUACCUCAGGCCUCGAACCCUGCACUGACAGGUGGGAGCCAAUCUGCCACUUCCUUCCUUUUUUCUACGUUUCUGCUGAAGACAGAAUCCACCCAGAGUCGUCAUGGUGUCCAGACCUGGAGACCUUCCUGCCCUGGAGGCAGGCGAGGGUUUUAUGGGGGGCAUGUCUAUCCCCACGGGGAUGACACGCCGAGCCCUGAAUUAUGAUGACAACCUGGAGCGACCCAUGUCCCCUCCACCCACUGACAUCAACAUCACCAACCUAUGGAGGAGGCCCGUCAUUCCCGAGAGGAAGUUCUCCCGAUUGGCCGAGGAGGGCGAAUUAGAAAAUUCCAUAAACCCCACCGCUGCAGGUGAGCCCACCCAGCCUCCAGCUCCUGUGGUGAAAGCCAAAGCGUCUUCAGUGCUCAUGAACUCCCGCAUCAUCAAGCAGACUCAUGAGAGCAGUUUUGAGAAGAGAGCAGGGCUCACCGAUACUGGAUACGCACCACACAAAGGCCUGGCUGCUGAAGAAACCCACUACCACCGCAUGGUUCAGUCACUGCAGAAAUUGCACGUGCAGAGUGUCGACGUUAAAGACGAGAAGUCACCCUCAGCUCAGUCAACACCAAGCGGAACUCCUCAGUCGUCCCCCAAACAGAAGCGCAAGAGUUGGUUUAGCAGCCAGGGCUCAGUGGCCUCCCUCACAGGUUCAGAGCUCAGCUCCAGUUCCAGCUCCAGCAUGGAUCUGGGAUCCAGUGAAGGAGCUGUGGAACGCUGGGGCUUUUUCGGAAGCCGGCCUCAGGUCCACAAGUCCAACACUGACCCUGGAGGAGACCACGGCACAGCAGGUGGCUUUGCGUUGCAGUCCUAUAAAGGUGCUCAGAAGCCCACUCCUAUGGAGCUGAUGAAGGCUCAGGCCACUCGGCUGGCCGAGGACCCCGCAACCUUUAAAGCUCCACCCAAGAUGGAGAUUCCCAGCAUGGACGGCACGAAACAGGCCGCGCGGCCACACAAGCUCAAACCGCGUGACAUGAACGUCCUGACGCCCUCUGGUUUCUGAGAACAAGCCCCUAUACACCUGCUCACAACACGUAGCCGGACUACCCUGCUCAUUUCCUUUUAUUUUCCCCCUCCAUUCAUCAUAACCGCUUCCGUCUCACUUGUUGUGUAAAUGUUACGCCUCGGAUUAAGACUGUUUAAUGAGGUGCCAUGCUUUUCACACACCAACACCCCCCUUCCCCCACUCUUUUAUUUGUGUAUUAAAUUAGUCUACAGUAUUUCCCACAAAAAAUGACCACUGCUGUACCUCUUUAAUCCGUACUAAAAAAACAUCAUGUUCUGGGUGUAAUCAUCACUCGUGCCUGUUCCAGAGUCCAGCAGUGAGGCGUUAUUUGGUGGACGCCUUUUUUUUUUUCUCUGCUUGCGAAAUGUCUCGUGAACCUGACUCGCGGAAAUACAUCGUCGCUUUAGAUUAGUUUUGACCUACCGUCAUGGCGUCUCGCACACGACCAUUCAUUUUUUUGUUUUUGUGAUUAAUGUCGACGGAGCAGCUGUACAUUAGAGAUGUUUUAAUUUAAUUGCUGUUACAGUGCAAGAAAUUCAACCUGUAAAUAAACCCAAAUACAACA